AACAUAUAUAUGUUCAGUUUCUGCGCAUAAAGUACAUUUAAAAUGAAUACACCUAAUAUUUAUUGCGAAUUGCGAUUAAGUCCAUCGUUACAGCAAAUGAUAUACAAUUAUCAUAUUACAUGUCAUAAUUUCAUUAUAUGCCAGACAUAUCAGACACAGUUCGUUUAUUCUCUAGCUGAAAAUAUGUAUUUAACCUUGGAUGGAAAGAGAGCAAAAAGGAACUAAGAGCAACGGAAGUACAGAUCUUUAGUCAAUCAGCUGAUCGCAGCUGAUGAUGCACGUUAUUAAUACGAAUCUUUUUACUUCAAAAUAUGUAUCGCUUAAUGUUUCGUAUGUCAAAAUACAUCCUGUCAAACGUCAAUUUUAUUCGUUCGACAGCGAAUAUUCGACAUAAAACGAAUAUUCAUAAAAAUAUCUUUACAAAAUCUUGGCAACUUAAUAUGACAAAAAAACAUUUUUACAAUGAUCAUAAGUCGCAGGGAGAAAGAUUCGAAAUAUUUCUUGCUGUAUCCUUGCCAACUUUGAUAUUCAAUUUUCUUGUUGGUAUUGAGGAUUCUGAUGAAGAAAUUCCAGAAGUUAUUAUGAUGAUCAAGCGAUCUGUAUUGCUGAUACAGAAGGGAGAAUUUGCCAAGGCAGAACAAAUGCUACAUUUAGCGUUACGUCAAGCACAAACUAUACAACAUUAUGAUGCUAUUACAUAUAUUUAUGAUGUAAUGGCUAAUCUUGCAUUUGAUACUGGAGACUAUCGUAAAGCAGAAAACUUAUUUGUAUCAGUUUUGCAAAGGCUAAUAUCGAACGGAGUUUUAGAAAAUGAUAUGAGAGUCAUCCACAUAAGUUUAAAAAUGGCUAAAGUAUUUGAACAUUUAAAAGAGAUAAAGAAAGCAGAGCAGGGCUAUAAAUUUUGUAUAGAGAACUUAAAGUCACAUAUUGAGAAAGAUCCUGAAAAUGAAGAUGCUGUAUUACUACAGGGUAUGACCUUUGAUUGGUAUGCACAAAUGUUGUUAACACAAUCUCGACAUACCGAAGCCUUUAACUACUUUCUUCAGGCUUAUAAUAUAUGUAAAAUGAUAAAUGGUGAAGAACAUGAACAAACUAUAGUUUUGCUUAAUGAUUUGGGAACUGUUAGUUACAUACAAGGAGAAUAUGAUGAAGCAGUCAGAUACUUGUCUGCUGCAACAAAAAUAGGAAGAAAUUCACCUGAUAUGGUUGAUUUGGGUUUGAUUUAUGUAAAUUUAGGAAAUGUAUUUUUGAAAAAGAAUUUAUAUGCUGAAGCCAAAAAAUCUUGUCAACAAGGAAGGACGAUAGCUAAGAAUAGGAAUGAUAAUGAUUCCUUGCUAAAAGCCGAUGAAUGCCUCAAGGAAGUAAAACGAUUACUGUCAUCAUAAUUCUUAGAUUAUCUAAAUAUAUAAUAGUUUUGUUAAAUUUGUAUAUAUAUGUAGAUAUUUAUAUAUAUAUACAUGUCUGUAAAUAUAUUUAAAAAGAAUAUUAAAAAUCUCAUUAAAA